CUUCCCAGUGGGGCAGGCUUCUGAGAGCACAGAGCAGCUCUGGCCUCUGUCUACCCUGCAGAGCCUUGACCAUGGCAGCCCUGGCGACCCGAGUGUCCAAGCAGCGUGCGGCAGCUGAGGGCCUUGGCUCAAACCAGAAGGCCGUGAAGUACUUGGGCCAGGACUUCCAGACCCUGAGGCAGCGGUGCUUGGACUCAGGGGUCCUUUUUAAGGACCCAGAGUUCCCAGCGUGCCCAUCAGCCCUGGGCUACCAGGAUCUUGGACCCAGCUCCCCACAGGCUAGGGGCAUUGUGUGGAAGCGGCCCACGGAAUUGUGUCCCAGCCCUCAGUUUAUCAUUGGUGGAGCCAAGCGCACAGACAUUUGUCAGGGUGCCCUAGGUGACUGCUGGCUUCUGGCGGCCAUCGCCUCUCUCACCUUGAAUGAAGAGCUGCUUUACCGCGUGGUCCCCAGGGACCAGAACUUCCAGGAUAACUACGCGGGAAUCUUCCAUUUCCAGUUCUGGCAGUACGGAGAGUGGGUGGAGGUGGUUGUUGACGACCGGCUGCCCACCAAGGACGGGAAGCUGCUCUUCCUGCACUCGGAGGAAGGCAGUGAGUUCUGGAGCGCGCUGCUGGAGAAAGCCUAUGCCAAGCUCAACGGUUCUUACGAGGCUCUUGCCGGAGGGUCAACAGUGGAGGGGUUUGAGGAUUUCACAGGUGGCAUCUCUGAGUUUUAUGACCUGAAGAAGCCACCAGCCAGUCUGUAUCAGAUCAUCUGGAAGGCCCUCCGCUCGGGGUCUCUGCUGGCCUGUUCCAUUGACGUCUCCAGUGCAGCCGAAGCAGAGGCCAUUACGAGCCAGAAGCUGGUUAAAAGUCACGCAUACUCUAUCACGGGAGUCGAAGAGGUGGAUUUCCGGGGCCGUCCAGAGAAGCUGAUCAGACUCAGGAACCCGUGGGGCGAAGUGGAGUGGACGGGGGCCUGGAGUGAUAAUGCACCGGAGUGGAAUUACAUAGCUCCCAGGCAGAAAGAAGAGCUGUACAAGAAAGUUGAGGAUGGAGAGUUCUGGAUGUCUUUUUCAGAUUUCUUGCGGCAGUUCUCUCGGCUGGAGAUCUGCAACCUGUCCCCAGACUCCCUGAGCAGCAAGGAGGUGCACAAGUGGAACCUGGUCCUGUUCAACGGGCGCUGGACGCGGGGCUGCACUGCCGGCGGCUGCCAGAACUACCCAGCCACUUACUGGACAAAUCCCCAGUUUGAAAUCCGUUUGGAUGAGGUGGACGACCACCAGGAGGAGAGCGCCGGUGAACCCUGCUGUACGGUGCUGCUGGGGCUGAUGCAGAAGAACCGCAGGCGACAGAAGAGGAUGGGACAGGGCAUGCUCAGCAUCGGCUACGCUGUCUACAAGGUCCCCAAAGAGCGGGAGGGGCCCGCGGCCGCGCAGCUGGGCCGGGACUUCUUCCAGGGCCGCCAGCCCUCCGCGCGCUCCGCCACCUACGUCAACCUGCGCGAGGUCUCCGCGCGCGUCCGGCUGCCCCCGGGGCUGUACGUGGUGGUGCCGGCCACCUUCGAGCCCUUCAGGGAUGGCGACUUCUGCCUGAGGGUGUUCUCGGAGAAGAAGGCCAAGGCCCUAGAAAUUGGGGAUGUAGUAGCUGGAAACCCACAUGAGCCCCAUCCCUGCGAGGUGGAUCAGGAAGACGGCCAGUUCGGGAGGCUGUUUGAGAAGUUUGCGGGGAAGGAUUCUGAGGUCAGUGCCAGUGAACUCAAGACAGCACUGAAUGAGGUGUUUUCCAAACGGACAGACAUAAAAUUCGAUGGCUUCGACAUCAACACUUGCAGGGAGAUGAUCAGCCUGAUGGAUAGCAAUGGGACGGGCUCCUUGGGACUGGUGGAAUUCAAGACGCUCUGGUUGAAGAUUCAGAAGUAUCUGGAGAUCUAUCGGGAAAUGGAUUAUAACCACUUGGGGACCAUCGAUGCCCACGAGAUGAGGGCAGCCCUCAAGAAGGCAGGGUUCACCCUCAACAACCAGGUGCAGCAGACCAUCGCCACGCGGUAUGCAGGCAGCAAACUCGGCGUUGACUUUGACGGCUUCGUUGCUUGUAUGAUCCGCCUGGAGACCCUCUUCAAACUGUUCAGGCUUCUGGACAAGGACCAGAGUGGCAUUGUCCGGCUCUCUCUGGCGGAGUGGCUGUGCUGUGCGUUGGUCUGACCUGGGGUUCUGGACAUCGGUGACACCCCCUGCCAGCCUGCCUGCCUCUUUUCUCCCCUUCUCUCCAGUUUUGUGAACAUUUAUCCUGGAGGACUCAUUGGUUAUUCAUCUCUUCCCUGCCUGUUGUUUUGCUCCCUGAGACCCUGGCCUGUCCCACUGGAGCAGUCCGGGGAGCCCAGGAUCUCUUUCCGCAGCAUUUUUGCUGACCCCAGGGCAUGGCAGAGGGACGGGAAUUGAUUAAAAUUGUUGGCCAAAA